UUGCCGCAGUAGCCUUUGAAAACUAUGCUCUUCACCAACUCUGAGACAGACUCUUCGUUGAUGUCAACAUGAACCCCAAUUGCCAGACGGACAUCAACAGUGCCGAGUGCCAGAAAUGGAUGAGGGAAGUGUGCGCCCAUUGCAGGGAGCUGUUCGCCCGGGAGGCCACCGACAAGUGGGCCGCCUGGUGGCACGAUGCGACGCCAGCCUUGUUCAAGGAUGUGCCGGACAUGACCGUCUACGACUGCAACAAGCUGAAGCAUCUGCUGGAGCUGGAGGUGGCUGCCAUAAGGCCACCAGAGGUACCCAUGCAAUUUCCAGAGUUCACGUGGUGGCAAAAGGCAUUGCUGAUCUCCGUUUAUAUUGGCAUUCUUGUGCUGAUGGUGCUGAUGUGUCGCUACUGGAGAAGGGGGCGACGUGUCAGGGUGCAGAGCAUGGACGAGGAGAAGGCGGGCCCUCAGCGGCCGAUAAAUAAAACGCCUCCACAGUCUGAACAAAAGACACAAGCGCCUCCGUCAACGCCGCCGGCGCCGCAUCCGCAGCACGAAGAUGUACAAAAGCCAAACAAAUCGAGGCACACCUUUAAGGCCUGGAUGCGGCACAGAUGCCGUCCAAUCUUCGUACACAACGAGGCUUCACUGCGCCGUCAGCAGGCCAAGUACAAGGCGAACGAACUGAUCAGGGAAGCCCACAACCAGCAGAACAUUGAGAAAUGGACGAGAGCACGCGAGGAAGUCGAAAAGAGGCGGCAGGAAAGAAAGGAUAGCUUGGCCAUGGAUAGUAAGCGGAAGGACACACAGCAUUUAGAUGAGAAUCAACACAAACAUUUUAUUGCAAUUUAUUUGUGACUUAGUAACUCUGAGAUGGACAAAGUCGAAAGAAAGACCAGCCGAGAAUUUACCCAGAUUAGGACAUGACGAGAGCGCGAUGUAUCUUUCAGUACUGGGAAACACUGGGACAUUACUGAUAAACAAACAAACAAAUAUAUUUAUUGAAAUUCAUUUGAAUCUAAAUCUGCCUUCAUUAUGUUGGAAGACUGUCAACAUGAAACCCUCAAUUCAUACUGAAUAAAAAUAAUAAUAAUUAAUA